AAAAUAAUCAUUUUCCAACAUUUACUCAAUUAUAUAUUUAUGAUACUGAACAUGAAAAUGAAAAUCGAAUAAAUAUUAUGCAAGAUUUAAAUCAUGAUAUUUUAUUAUAUUUACAAAAUAUGCUAGAUAAAUGCAAUCUAUAUAUUCAAAGUUUUCGUCAAGUAAGAAAUAUUAUUUUAUCAAAUAUAACUUCUAAAAUUUCAAUGAUAAUUCAUAGUAAUAGAACACAUAAUCCACAUCAUUAUAAUGCUCCUGCUUCUUCUGAUAUAGCUGUAAUUAUGAUUGGUGAUGGUCAUAAUAUAGAAUUAACCAAUUGA